AUUUGCUUUUUCUCCUUCUAGUUUCGCUCGUUUCUUUUUCCAUUCUUUCCUUUUCCCUGUGCCUUUUUGUCUUUUUUCAGAAGCCAGCCUUCCAUAUAUUUCUUUUUGUCGCCGGUUUUGCAUUUUACUGCAUCCAUUCGCUUAUUCUGGUUAUGAUUCGUUGUAAAUAAGCAAGUCACGGAUCACGAUAUCUUCGCCUGACCUAGCGGGCCAGAGACAGCGGUUACAUCGGCGCGCAAGUGGGAGGGCCUGUUGCUCGUUUUGAAGAAAAAAUAUAAGAUUUGGGAAACUCCUUUCUUUGGGUAUCCCGUUCAAAGUCGAGUCACCUGCGGUCGUUAAAUUCUCGUAGGAGAAUAUUAUCUUUCUUUCGUUUCCUUGUUCUUGUUUGUCCAAGUGUUUCUUGUUCGCAUCGCCCCCCAACGGUGCCUCAUCCUUCGACCCUAUCAGUUAUGGAGAGCCCUCGACAGUCCGAUGCAAGCACUCCUGUGGAGCCUUGCUCCCCUGGUUGUGUGGACACACCGGCGACGCAAUCUUCCGUGUUGUUUGAUGGCAACCUGGAAGAGUUGCUGCGCAACUUUCCCCUCGAUCAGUACAUCCUCGUCACAGGGGGUCUCGGGUUCAUCGGCAGUCACACAACAUUGGAGCUACUCAAGGCCGGCUAUAAUGUAAUUGUGAUCGACAAUCUCAGCAACUCUUUCCAGAGUGUCUUUGACCGUAUCAGGCAACUGGCGGCAAAGUACCAUGACGAGCAGGGGACGUGCAUGCCGUCGUUGCAGCUCCACGCCCAUGAUUUCCGGGAUGUUGCUGCUCUGAGGGGCCUUCUUGAGCAGUAUCAGAUCCAAUCCAGAUGGGGUACUCCCAAGUCUAGGAUUGGUGGCGUCAUUCACUUUGCCGCUUAUAAGGCUGUUGAAGAGAGUAUCAAGAAUCCUUUGAAGUAUUACGCGAACAAUGUCAGUGGCCUCAUCGACUUUGCCACAACUUUGGGAGAAUUUGGCAUCAAAACUUUCAUCUUCUCCUCCUCCGCAACGGUGUACGGAACCUUGGCAACAUCGGGUCUUCCCUUGAAGGAAGAACUCUGUGUUCAUAAAGAAGAGGUCUACAGCGAUCAAGACGGUCAGGAGCAGACCGUCAGACCUGGUUGCACGGGUAUUACGAACCCGUAUGGGCGCACCAAAUGGAUCUGUGAAGCGAUAUUAGCGGACCUUGCGGCCUCUGAUCCAGAAUGGACCAUUGUAGCUCUACGCUAUUUCAACCCUAUAGGAUGUGACGAAUCUGGGCUCCUGGGAGAGGAUCCCAGGCAGACGCCCACGAACCUUCUCCCGGUUGUCGUAAAGGUUAUGACCGGACAGUAUAAGGAGCUGCAAAUGUUUGGCACCGACUGGGACACCGAAGAUGGCACUGCAGUUCGCGACUUCAUCCAUGUCACCGAUCUUGCUAGGGGACACAUUGCUGCACUCAACGCUGCCAACGGUGGAAAGCUGGUUGAGAACUUCCGGACCUUCAAUCUGGGAACUGGCCGGGGCCACUCUGUGAUGGAAGUGGUCAACACAAUGGAAGCAGUGUCUUCCAAGCCCAUCCCGAGAAAGGCUUCUGGUCGCCGCGCUGGCGAUGUUGGCUCCUGUGUCGCUGUGGCCACAAGGUCGCAGGACGAGCUAGAGUGGAAGACCGAAAAGUCCCUGAAGGAUGCUUGCGUGAGCCUAUGCAAUUUCCUCAAUGUUAGCGGUCUGUCCUCUUAGGCCGUAUGCUUGUUUCCUGUUCAUCAUUGGCGCUUGGCGUGAUUAUAUCUUCUUCCUGUGUCUCUUCCUCUCUUCAGAGGGAGCCCAAAAUCAGGCUCCAGUCCUGACUUCAUUUUUCUUUCUCUUAUAUCCAUUUCGCUUUCGUUGCACUUUGGAAUCUCGGCAGGUUCAUAGUACCCUGUGGUUUUUGCAUGAUAGAGUCGGGACCCCCACUUAUGUCCAUCCCCUUAAUGCAUAGUGUAUGUGUCAUUGUACAAUCUCAUUAUUGUCCCAUUCUGAAGCCAUUAACUGUUUUUGUAAUUCAAACUAGCAAAUUACUCAUGUCAG